AUGCUUUGUGGUGAAUUCGUCGAACCCAAUGGCUUGACCUUCCCUUCCGUGUUGAAAGCAUGUACUAAGAUGGCCAAAGUCGAAGAAGGAAUGCAAAGACAUGGUCAGGUAAUAAAGCGUGGAUUAGAAUCCGACGAGUUUAUUGCUAGUAACCUUUUAAGGUUGAAUGUGGUUUGUGGGCUCAUGAAGGAGGCUUUCUUAUUGUUCAACAAGAGCCGUGAAUGUGAUGAAUCAUUCAAAGAUUUGAAUUUUAAUCAGGAUGCAUUUGGUGGUAACGAUUUUAGCAACUCAAUAACGGAAAAGAGGAAGCAAGAGGGAAUUGUGGUUUUGUAUAAUGUGAUGAUCGAUGGAUGUAUGAGACAUGGGGAUUUCGAAGCUGCACGGAAAUUGUUUGAUGAGAUGCCCCAAAGAAGUAUAGUAUCUUGGAAUGGAAUUCUAGCUGGUUAUGCACAAAAUGGAUUCUUCAAGGACGCCUUGGAGAUCUUCCCGUAGAUGCAGCUGACCAAUGUGCACCCAAAUUAUGUUACUCUGAUUAGUAUUCUCCGUGCAAUCUCUCGAUUGGGGGCUUUUGAUAUGGGUAUAUGGGUUCAUGUCUAUUCAGUUAAGAACAAAAUCAAGAUGGAUGAUGUGCUUGGUUCUGCUUUGAUUGAUAUGUAUUCCAAGUGCGGGAGCAUAGAGCUAGCACUUGAGGUAUUUGAGAGGCUGCCUAGAAAGAGUGCUAUCACUUGGAAUGCUAUCAUUGUGGGAUUUGCAAUGCAUGGUCAGCCUAUGGAUGCUCUGCAUUAUCUUUCCAAGAUGGAACAAUCUGGAAUAAUGCCUAAUGAUGUUACUUACAUAGGUGUGUUGACUGCAUGUAGCCAUGCGGGGUUAGUAGAUGAAGGACGAUUCUACUUUGAUCGCAUGGUUAAAAUCCAUAGAUUAACACCCAGGAUUGAACAUUAUGGAUGCAUUGUUGAUCUUUUAGGGCGUGCUGGAUACCUUGAUGAAGCUGAGGAAUAUAUACUAAAUAUGCUGGUCAAACCAGAUGACGUUAUAUGGAAGGUGUUGCUUGGUGCUUGUAAGAUUCAUAGCAAUAUUGAGAUGGGUGAACGUGAUGCUAAGCGUCUCAUGGAAUUGGUUCCUCAUGACAGUGGAAGCUAUGUUGCCCUAUCAAAUAUGUAUGCUUCUGUGGGAAACUGGGAUGCUGUUAGUGAGGUGAGACUGAUGAUGAAGGAGUUGGAAAUAAGGAAGGACCCUGAAUGUAGUUGGAUUGAGCUCGAUGGAAUGAUUCAUGAAUUCCUUGUUGAAGACGAUUCUAAUCCAAGAGCUAGAGAGAUCCAUUUGAUGUUAGAGGAAAUGGCAGAGAAGUUGAGGGUUGCUGGCUACAAACCAGACACUACCCAAGUGCUGCUUAACAUGGAUGAGGAAGAGAGAGAAAGUGCCCUGUAUUAUCAUAGUGAGAAGAUUGCAAUUGCUUAUGGCUUAAUUUGCACUUGCCCACAAACCCCAUUGCGGGUUGUCAAGAACCUUUGUAUCUGUGGUGAUUGUCAUUCCUCGAUAAAACUAAUAUCAAAACUAUAUAAUUGCAGGAUAAUUGUAAGGGAUAGUAACCGUUUCCACCAUUUUGAGGAUGGAUCAUGUUCAUGCAUGGACUUCUGGUGAUCUUUGAAUUAGUUAUGCUCCUUCUUCAUUUUCAGACCUUU